CCCCGAACAAGCCGCGACUCACGCCAGACUCUCCGACCAUCGGAACAAAUUGCCCUAUUCUAGACUCCGGAGGCUUUUUGCCGCAUUGGACAAGUCGCAAGCAUACCGCAGCAGAGGGGGAUCAACGGGCCACAAGACGCCCAGCGAAGCCAAGCGAGGCGGGGAAGAGGAUCAUCAAAAACAGGCAAUUCUCCUCCGGCUCUUGCAUCCCAAUAUGCUUCCCAGCUUUCUGUCUCCUUUGAACUCCCUUCGGCGAAGAUACAGCUUCGCCAAAGCCGACCCAUCGUCGCCCAUGACUCCGUCCGGGUCGAUUCUCAGGCCAUGGAGGCUUCAGGUAUUGACCACCAGCAAGAAGAGGGAGAUAACCGCCUAAAGGGCAACAAUGGGGUAGACCGCGUCACAGGCCGGAGCAAGCGCAAGGCAAGAAUCAGUCCUUGCGAUAAUUGCAGAGAGAAACACAUCAAAUGCGAUUUGAUCUCGGGUGUUUGCAGAAGAUGUCAGAGAACUGGCGAGCGGUGCAUUCGCAGCAGGACUGGCAUCAGGUUUCGACAUGGGUCUAGUGCCAGAUACGACACCAAGGGUUUCUCGACGGAUCAGACUUGGUUGAAACCAAAGAAGGCGCUGGAAUUAAAGUACAUCGACGAGACUGCCGAGUUGACGGCAAUCUAUGACCAGGAUGCAGAGUUUGAGGAUGCCGACGAGCUGGACGCUGAGGACGAAACAGAACCCGGGCCAGCUUCGUCCCUAGGUGAGGGAGAAGGAGACAAAAGUGCGGCUGGCCCUGCAGCUAGCGUCACGGAAUCAUACCACGCAGACGAUGGCACAACAGCCUUUACAAACGCGGAGCUGGCAGACACAUUGAAUGCCGGAGUUAGAGUGUGGCCGUUACAAACGACCAAACAAUCUGGCCUCGAAAGCGCCAUCGAAUCGACUAUGGGCCCUUCACCUACUUAUAUGCGCAGUCACUGGAGUUCACAAGGAUCCCUGCCGUUCUCCUCCCCUCUUCAGACCAGGCAAGAAGAGCUCGAGUCCCCAAGUUCACCGUUGUUUACUGGCCUGGUGAAAAGGCCAUCAAGGUCGUCUACCCAAGCAAUACAUACGGUGCUGGAGGUGAUCCUUCUUCGGUACUUUGUGGACCAACUUGCUCGGUGGUUUGAUCUCUGUGAUCCGGAAAAACACUUCGAGUUCAUUGUCCCUCAGCGUGCGCGCUGGUGCCCGCCACUACGAAACGCGAUGCUUGCCGCCUCAGCCCGCCAUCUCACCCGUGUUCGUCAUUCGAAGUUAGGGCCAGAGAACGUCUAUUACCUAGACGGCCAGCCAGUUGCGGAUUUGACCGAAGAGACGGCUUUGCACUACCACAGCGAAUGUAUAAAAGAUCUGCUCAAGCGAAGCCUCGACGCCGAGCAAACUAGAGACGAGAACCUCUUGGCAGCAGCCAUAAUCCUCCGUUUCUACGAGGAGAUCGAUUCGCCUCUCCGCGCCGACGAAGAAAGAGACAGUGAACUUUUCCUUCGGGUCAUGAACGUCUUCAUUGACGCACAGAUUCCCUCGUUCCCUCUCGUUCCACACAGUUCACCCGUCAUCAACGGACCCAAGGUCGGCCCGAUUGCAAGAUACAGUGCUGUGCCAUCUCCCGGAGCUGUGCAUUCGCCUACUGUGCCCGCAGUCACAUCUCCGUCACAGAACUUGGGCGGUUCGGUUGAUGGCCAAUCAAGGUGGCGGGCGGAUGGUCUCUGUCAGGCCAGUUUCUGGGUGGCGUUCCGUCAAGAGAUAUACUCGGCCUUCUUGAAACAGCGGCCUUUCAACCACGAUCUCUCCCGGUGUGAAGCAUUUCGAUCUUUCUCACCGGCCGAGGACGCCGUGUGGGCUGACCGGCUGAUCAUUUUCUGCGCGGACGUCCUCGAGUUCUGCUACGGGAACAGUAACUCGAGCACGCGACUCGACACCAACCUCUCGACGACGGACAACUGGCUCUCACUUAAGCAGUACGAGGAAAUGUGGCCCGAGGUAUUGCCCGCCUCAUUCGAGCCCAUCUACUACCGUGACCCGGACAGGUCGAAGGGCGAGGUGUUCCCCGAGGUGUGCUAUCUGGCCGAUUGUCACGUCACCGGCGUGCAGCACGUGGAGCUGGCCAAGAUCCUGCUGGCCGUCUAUGACCCGACGAGACCGAAGCUCGGACCGGGCCACGUGGCCAGCAUGAAGGCGUUGAGCCAGGACCUGAGGACGAUUGUACUUCGUCUCUGCGGCAUCGCCAUGAGCAACCGCAAGACGCCGCCGGGGCUGGUGACGGCGCUGUUGGGCAUUGUGGUCUGCGGAGACCACUUCGAGGACAGAACGGAACAGGAUGCCCUGUUUGGGAUCCUGGAUGAGCUGGAGUUCACGCACGCUUGGCCCAUUGGGAACACGAGGAAACUGCUGAAGGACGCGUGGGGGAGGACCUGAGCCGCAAUGGACACCUCCCCUCUUGAUGAUCGAUGCGGUAUGUCUGCGGUGGUGCUUCCAAGGUUGACCACCUUCAUGUAUGCUAUGCCACCAAAAUUUCCAUCCUUCUGAGUUUGGC